GAGACGUGGUGUAUGUCGACUAUGGAGAAAGGCCGAUUGUUGUGCACACAAGAGUGGUGUUGGCCCCCGUCGACGAGGGCAACCAUUUGUACAUGAUCUUGACACCUGAUCUCGAUAUCUAUGCGGAAAUCCUUCAUGACAGCAACCCUGACUUCACACGUUUCUUGGGCCCAGGGCCUAGAGGGGGAAUACCCAGAGGAGUAUCGGCUCGCAACGUAUACGGAUUCUCUCCCAUGACAGCGGCUCAGCUGGGAGCUUACAUCCAGCAGGGUCGCGAGGAAGCGCGAGCUGAAAGAGUUAGACUAGGUCUUGAUGGUGGUCAUGCUGCUCCAGCAGCCCCGGCUCUGCGGGCGGAUGAAGCAGGCAAUCGAUUCUGGGUUUUAGCCGAGAUGGUAGAGGGACGGAGAAUCGGAGAGCGAGUGGAUCCGACUGACGAUGCCCCCAGUGUGGGGGACUGGGGUCUUAUGAACCUGGAUGUUGGUGGAGGCAUUACUCGCCCAUGCCUUAUCCACCGCUUGAGUGCCGAAGACCUUGGAUCUUUCUGCGAUGAGCGAAUCCGGCUGGCCAGGCUUAGCGAGGCGGUCGAUGGUGACGUGACUGCCACGAUAGCGGAGUCGUGUUACGGACAGCACCUGGCAUGGGCGCAACAAUCGCGCAUACCAGAAGGAAGUCGGGCUAUCUAUGAAGACGAGACAUUGGCUCGAAUCAUGGACAUCGCGAUCUCAUACGACAGCCUCAAUGUGUGCAAUCUCGCAUGCUUCGAACUGCUGGUGAGACGCCGCCAACUUAUUGCAGAGGCUCACUCGCAUAAUCCUUCGGCGCCUUCUUAUGAAGGUGCCGACUAUUGGUUGGGAACUCUGCACCGCCCUGGCGGAGCCGUUGUGGUGCCGAAGCUCACGGAGCAUGUGUCGCGAAAGCUCCAAGCGGACAGCCAGUUCCUCAAAGAGCGCCGGAAGCUUGAAGAAGCAAAGAAGCAAGCUAAGGGUGAUGGCCCCAAGGGUCGUGGCCGAGGCCGCGGCGAUGGGGCAUCCGACAAGUUUUUCAUGAGCCUGCGGGUGGAGAUGGAAGAAGACGUGACGUUUUUCCUUUGCCUCUUCUACAGUGAUGAGCGGAUCAACAAGGCCAUAUCUGCUCUGAAUUCACUUUUCUUUGGGGGAGGCCUCGGGCGGGCCCGUAGCACGGGCUCUGCUGGGGUCUGCGGCAACGAGGCGCAGGCUUCCGCGAGAGAGUUGGUGAUCCAGCAGGUCAAACGUCUGGGGCCGCCUCCCCCAGAUGCAAGCGGCCCAGGAGCCAUUUGUGCGCUCCGGGCGGCCAGCUCCUCUUAUGUUGAGCCGGAGCCUGGCACGGGAGAAGUUGUUCCUAUGGUUUUAGAUCGCUUAUCCCUUCCCUCAGGGAAGGUGGCGGGAGUUGAUUUGGCUUCAGCCCUUGAGGGGCACACACGAAAGAUGGUCAUGAACUUCGAGGAUUACCUCCUUCAGGACGCCACGGACAUGGGGGACAUGUGUGAGAGUGCAGGGAGUGUCAAGCCAUACAAUGACCCUGUGCUUCGACGGCAUCGGGAAUAUAUCUCAUUCCUGGGAUUGUUGUUCAAGUGUGGCACUCUUACCUUUACUCAACAUUGCAAAGGGCGAGUUGGUGCUUUUUGUGUAUCUAAGAAGCCCAAGGUCAUUGAUGGUCAAGUUGUUGAGCGCCAGCGUCUGGUGUUGGACUGCCGUCAAGUAAACCUUCUAUUUAAGCCACCUCCUCUCACGGAGCUUGGAUCUCUCAGUGCGCUUGCAGAGCUUCAUCUCCGUGAUGAUCAGACAUUGUAUGUGGGCGGGGCGGAUAUCAAGGAUUGUUUCUAUGCCUGUAACUUCCCAACCGGCAUGCAGGAUUACUUCUGCCUCGCGACCGACAUCUCGUUUGAGGAGGUGGCAAUGAUCUCCGGAGGCCAAUUUGACACCUCUCAGGGUGUGGGUAGGAUGUGGAGUCCUUGUAUUUCCGUUCUGCCUAUGGGUUUCAACUGGAGCUUCUUUUUGGUGCAGUGCCUCCACGAACAGUCUGUGUGCAAGACGUUGGGCAUAGGCAUCAUCGAUGGGAAGAACGGUGAGAUCAAACCAACUUCGAGGCUCAGCCCCUCUGAGCAGCGUGAGUGCCUUGUCUUUGCUGGGAUCGUUCCACUAUUAGUCGGAGACAUGAGGCCGUUGAGGACAUCGGGAGAUGGCAGGAAAGGCCUAGACCCGUUCGAGGACUUAGCUACCGCUGGAAGCCUUGGCCCUCCGGAUCCUCUUGAUUGCUAUGUCCCAAACGAUGGAUUCCCUGAAGUGCCUGCAAAACUGAUGCAUGCUACAUGCUGGCGUACGGUCAAGAUGGGGCGCUGGGGCGACACCUCUGAGCACAUCACUUUGAAAGAAGCUCGAGCCCUGUGUAUUGCCGUUCGGCGGCUCAGCAGGACGACGAGGAACCGGAGUAAAAGGCACUUGGUCAUUGUCGACAGUUUGGCGUUGGCUUUCUCAGUGACUAAAGGGGCCAAAUCCGUCCGGGUCCUUUCGGAGGCAGUUCUGAAAAGCCCUUUUCAACGUCAGAGAAAACCAGAUCCACCUCCCGGCAGCGAGAGGGCAGUGAAGACACUCCUUCCGGGGGAGCGUGGCGUGAAGAGGGCGAGGCAGUUGAGCCCGAGUGCUUCGACUACUCCACGUCUCAAAAAGACGAGGCGACAGGUCAACCGUAUCCCGAUCAAGGACGAGAAGGGUGCGGGGAAGUUAGCGCAAGAAGGAGGUCUGACCAUCUUGGAGCGGAGAAGUGUGAGUGGAGAGAUCGAGGGUCAGUACACACAGCACUACGAGAAGUUCAAGGCCUUCUGCAAGGAGAAUGGGGGCUCAUGGCCUCCUCAGCUCGUGGACGUCGAUGCCCUCCUCGCGGAUUACCUCGAUACGCUGUUUCUGCAGGGGAAGUCCGCAAGCGAGGGCGAAAAAGCAGUAGCAGCUCUGGAAUUCCUGCACAUUGGGGCCAAGAACAAAGCUCCCAGGAGCCGUCGCGCGCUCAAAGGCUGGCGAAAGGAAGUCCCGCCAGGAAGCAGACUACCGCUCCCAAAGUUGGCCAUGUACGGGAUAGCCAUGUUGUUGUAUUACAGAGGUCGGCGCCUGAUGGCACUCAAGGUUGAGCCGGUGUACCAGACGUACUCAAUUGUCAUCAGAGAUCUGGAGGACGGACGACCCGACAAGAUCGGGGUCUACGACAACAGCCUUCCCCUCGACAACCCGGAAACAUCUUGGAUAGGGCCGCAUCUCCACCAACGGGCAUCGUCCAUGAAGAAAAAGACCGACUUCCUGUACGACUUCAGUAUGGAGGAGUUCCGAAAAAGUUUCGGGGACGCGGCUUCGAAGCUGGGACUGGGAGUCGUUCAUCCUUACCAACUCAGGCAUGGGGGAGCCGCAGAGGAUCUAAACAGCAGAUUUCGUGAUCACAACGCUGUGAAAUCCAGAGGGCGCUGGAAAACCGAUCAAAGCGUCCGUCGCUACACCAAGAUUGGAAAAAUCCAGCAGCUCUUGAGCAAGUUGGGCCCGGAUCAGCUGAGUUUCUGCAAGCGUUCAGCGGCCCUGCUACCCAAAGUCUUCAGCGGCAAGGCC